AUGCCUCGCCUCCUCAAGCUCGCCACCUCGUCCCCGACUCCUCUGGUCUAGUUUCCCAGUUCCGUAGCUCACUUCUCUCUUUCCCUUCUGCAACUCGAAUCUCGUCAAAGGUCACAUCCUUGCACUCGUCCCUCGUCCUCGCCUCUUGUGAGAAGUCCCUAGAACACCUCUCAACUCGUCACUCGCCCUUGCCCUCGUCUCGAGCCCCUUCGUCCGGCUCACCUCUCCUAUCUUCGUCCUUCGUGAUACGCCAUCGAAAUCUGCAAGAAAGGUAGAAAUCGCCACGCCAAAACCUGCUUCGACGUCGACGUCACUCGAGCGCACCAGUGACAAGCUCCCAGAGGACUCUAGAUGUGCACCAGGGGUAAAAUUCGCCCCGCCAAAGACAUCGACGUCGACAUCGCUCGGUAGCACGAUUGUGCAGCUCCACGCAGACUUCUGGCUUCGAUCAGGUGAAGACGGGCCAGUCGUCAUUAUCCAAGGCCCGUGGAGCGAUAAUUCUUGCUGGAUUGACUCAACGCUUAUCGCAUUGCUCUCGGUCGCCAACGGAUUGGAACCAUGGCUGCAGUGUCUGGAUAUCCUCAACACCCAUACGGCCUACGUGAUUCCUCCACUUGGCGAUGAGAUGGUGUUGAGGCUCCGCCCUCGAUAUUUGGCACUCGAGCUAUGGGAUGCGAUUCGCGAAUACACAGCAUUGGCUCGAAAGUUUGAUAUGAAACCGGCGGCGAACGCCAUUGAAGCAUACACACAAUUACGAGAACGGAUGAUUUCCACUGUGGUUGGGAUGUCGAAAGAGCGCGGAAGCCAUUUUACAACUCCAUUUAAGCGGGGGAGUUAUAGUAGCCCAGUAGUCAGUCAAUCACUUAGCGAACCCCGCCCCCCCAAGACGAUUAAAACUAGACGCUGAUCAUCACUUUUUUCGGCAGACCUGGCUCGAGACACUUCACUCGUUCACCGUCGAUCAUCCGGUUCUGCCAAGCGCUGUCACGUUGAAUGAUCCCGACCGAACUCUCGUCGAAUUACAUCUUCAACGAGCCGGGUAUUGCACUGCCUGCAACUGCAUUCAGAUUGAGGUGUCCCCAAGACGACAGGUUGUGGUUGACUGGCCCCUUCUCAUCUCAAGUCUCCACCUGCCUUCGCAUUCGCUGGAAACGUUGUCGGACGUCCUCGCUUCAAUCGUUGGGCAACCGUUGAAAUUGUACACAGAGGCCAAGAACUCAGGCCGUCGGCAUCACAAGCGCAAUUGCCCCGGAGGCUCUUACGUGCAAUUCGUUUCAAUCACCUCGCUCCCCCGUGUGAGUGUGAUCAACAUCAACAAUAUGUACCCGGAACAUUCACUGGCCCCAGCUGAGCUACGCUUCGGUGUUUCGGACCAAAUGCCGGAGAUGGUCUGGCGCCUUCGGUCAGGAGUGUACAACAUCAACAAUUCACAUUUCGUUACGAACGCGACGGUUGGAUACGGGCAAGAGGCCACACGCUAUCAUUUCGACGCAAUCAAAGGCUCUCUCGCUAGGCCGAUAGGGGACAGGAACGCUGGCGGAUUAGUUUCCGUGCUUUUCUACGAGCUAGAAGAGGAGUCAUUUGACUUCUUGCAAGCCUUCAACCUAAUUCUAACACGGCAGUGGCACGAAAUGUGGAGUCUAUACCAUGAGCCCUCCGAUCCUACCGAUAUCGGCAUCAAAGUGUCAAGUCUACCACCCAAAGGGACUCUUGAAGAAGGACAAGGUGUCUGGAAGAUGGAAGAUGCGUCGGCUUUUUUUCAUGAAUGCGAGACAGUGAGUGUCGGGAACGCCAAGAAAGCAGAUCAAUACAACUGA